AUGUCAAACGCCUCUGACCCACGACAAUCGGAGCUGGAUGACGAAAUCCUUGCACUCAUCCAGCAAGUGGAGGAAAUCGAGCUCUAUCGUGGCAACCAAGAAGGGGUAGGCCGGCUCGAUAAGCCACCCGACAAUGAACUCGCUGUCUUGGUAUUCCUUGAUGAGGUCAAUUCGGCGCUUGGAUUAGCAUCUUCUCGAAAGCCCGCCCAGAAAGCUACUUAUGCUACUCGCUUAAACUUUGGGCAUGUAAGAAUGGAGCCAGGCGGUGGUCCGGACAAGGCGGGUGAAUAUGUGCUAGCAACGAAGGAACCCAGCGCCCACGAUAGAGAUGGCACCGAACGAAAAGGCAAAGCUGAACCCUCGAUGACCUAUACAGGACGGUGGGAAGACAACCGGGAGCGUGAUGGACCGCGAUUUAUCGGUACUGCCGAGAAAAAAUCAAGACGGCAACAGUACCAUGAAGUGGAGCGGCAUCCAAUUGAGGCAAUAUACUAUCAGCGGGGUCAAUUGUCGCAGCACCAGUUCGAGCCAAGCCCACCUAUAGUUUCUGACGAAGCGUCCAGGCGACCCGCUGGAAAAAUACCGUCACAGGGCCAAUUGAGGCCGCACCAGUUCGAUCCAACUCCAGCUAGACCUAUUCACGAAGGGCUCGGACAAUGGGAUGACCCAGUACAGCUGCAGGGGCAAUUCAGGACGCAUCAUCUCGAGCCAGCUCGACCUAGACAUAUUGACGAAGCGUUCGGACGACCGGGUGGAACAAUACCGCCACAGGGCCAAUUGAUGCCGCAAGACUUCGGGUUAACUCCAACUAGACGUACUGGCUUUGAGCAAAUGCUCGACCCAAUACAGCUACGUGAGCAACGCAGGGCACAUCAACUUGAGUCGACACCAGCUAGAUAUAACCACGAAGCGCUUGACCGGGCGGCUCUUCUAUCAAGGCGACAUCUUACUCUAGCGGGAGGAGUUAUCGAGUAUAGUCAAAUGGAAGCAACAGGGUCAGAUCACGACGAUUGCAUUGCUUGUUACUCCAGCGAUCUGCAUCCGAGUGAUAUGCGUCGCCUAGGAUGCGGGCAUAGUUACUGCUUCGAAUGCCUCAAGAGGCUUUUCGCAAGUUCUGUGAAAACUGAAUCACUAUUUCCCCCAAGAUGCUGCAGGAUACCAAUCCCAUUGCUCGUUGUUGAGGCAAAAAUGUCCCAACAUGAGAUAGCCAGAUGCAAGAUGGCAGAAGUUGAAUUUGGAACACCAUGGCCAGACAGGACAUAUUGCAGUAACAGGAACUGCAACAGCUUUAUACCGCGGUCGAACAUCACCAAAACCCAAGCACGAUGUUCCUCUUGCAAGACCACCACAUGCACCAAAUGCAAGAAUGGCUACCACUCGAGGGAAAGUUGCAGCCCAGACUCGGAUCUCCAGGAGACACUCGAGCUUAGUGCUAGAGAAGGUUGGAAACGCUGUGCAUCGUGCGGGUCCAUGGUUGAACGCAUUGAAGGUUGUUUACAUAUGACCUGCCGGUGCAAAGCCCAGUUCUGCUACAACUGCGGUGGAAAAUGGAGAGCUUGUCAAUGUGAGAGGGAACAAGCAUUAUUUCGGUAUCUUUGA